AUGAAUGACAUGCCUCAAUACUUUAAUGAGGCUGUUAAUGUUGCUACUAAUCAGGCUGAUAAUGGAGGUCAAGAUGCUCCAGCUAAUCAUACCGAGGUCGAAAUUAACCAGCUCCAUAGGUCAUUUUCCCCUUCCUACAAUAUCCCUCCUACCAGAACAUCGCUAAUCAUCUACAAGUCCAACGAGAAUCCAACCAAAUAUGUUUUGGAGCCGCUGACAUUUGGUCUUCUUCCAUUCUGGGCCAAACCAAACGACGCCAGCGCUGUCUCGAGACAAAACGAGAAAGGGCCCAAGUACUCUAAAGAAAUACAGGGGCUCGCAGCCAGGUAUUUCAAUUGCCGAAAGGAGAGUCUCGACAUGUCGGUGUGGAAAUCUGUGCGGCACAGUCGCUGUGUGGUACCCAUUGAAGGAUAUUUUGAAUGGCAGAAGUCUAAGGCUGACAAAAUACCGUAUUUCGUCUACUCCAAGAAGCGACCUUUGGUCUUUUUGGCUGGAUUUUAUUCACAUAACACCAACUACAGGGGAAAGGACCCCGAGUAUCAAGACAGCUAUUUGUCGACAUUCACAAUUCUUACCGGCACGGCUCAGAAAACAGACAGUAAAGAUCUAUCUUGGCUCCAUCCUCGCAAGCCGUUGAUGCUUCUUCCAGGAACAAGAGCAUGGGAUGACUGGCUCAACCCAGAGAAGGAAUGGUCAAAUAGCUUGGUCGAAACGUGCUUAGAAACCCACAAGAGCAUUGCCUACCUCGACCUCACAUGGCACACGGUGAAUAAGUCGGUGGGAAAUCCUGGCUUUAAUAGCGAAGAAGCCAUCAAGGAAGUGAAGAAUUCGCCUCAGAAAACAAUAUCACUGUUCUUUCAGUCAGCUAAACGGCCCAUCUCAGAUGGCUCACCACAGAAAAGGAUCAAGAGGGAUGAAGCAAAUGUAAAGGAAGAAGCUUCAGUAAAGAAGGAAGACAAUUCAGUAAAGAGAGAAAAUUCAGUAGAAAAUGAAGUAUCAGUAAAGAAGGAAGAUUCAGUGGAGAAAGAAGAAAAUGGGAUAGAAAGCGAAAAAGAAGACAUUAAGAAGGGGCAACAGUAA